GACAAUGAUGUAUGUAUGCUUGUAAUUUUAGGAGUGAAAUUCUACUCGGCAACAGCGGAACCCAAGGAGCCGGUUGUACGCACUAAAACCAUUCCAGGUCCAAAAUCAGUUGAACUCAACAAAAAACUCGGUGAAAUUCAGAGUACUGGAAGUAUUCAAUAUUUUGCCGAUUAUGAGAAAUCUUCAGGAAACUACAUUCAAGAUGUAGAUGGAAACGUUUUGCUUGAUGUUUAUACUCAAAUUUCGUCAGUUCCGUUAGGCUAUAACCAUCCCAGGCUUCUCAAUCUCUUCAAGGAUGACAAGAAUAUUAAAACCCUUGUCAACAGACCCGCUCUUGGUGUGUUUCCCGGAAAGGAAUGGCCCGAUAAACUACAAUCAAUUUUGCUACAAGUGGCUCCCAAAGGAUUGAACAAAAUUACCACAAUGAUGUGCGGCUCAUGCUCUAAUGAAAACGCCUUUAAGAGCAUUUUUAUUUGGUACCAGAAUAAAGUUCGUGGAACUGCAAAACUUACUGAAGAUGAGAUAUGCUCUUGCAUGGUAAAUAUGCCACCAGGAGCUCCAGAGCUUUCCAUUUUGUCGUUCAAGGGCGCUUUCCAUGGUCGCACCUUGGGAGCUUUAUCUACAACGCAUUCCAAAUAUAUUCAUAAACUAGACGUUCCAUCGUUUGACUGGCCGAUUGCAUCAUUCCCACAAUACAAGUACCCAUUGGAAGAAAAUGUUGCAGAAAAUAAGAAAGAAGAUGAGAAAUGCCUAGCCGAGGUCGCAGAUCUGAUUGAAGUGUAUAAGAAGAAGGGCAAGCCAGUUGCUGGUGUUAUCAUUGAACCCAUUCAAAGUGAAGGCGGUGACAAUGAAGCUUCCCCCGAGUUCUUCCAGGGUCUGCAAAGAAUUUGCAAGCAAAAUGGAUCUGCCCUUUUAAUUGACGAAGUUCAAACUGGUGGCGGAAGCACUGGCAAGUUUUGGUGCCAUGAACAUUUCAACCUUGAGAGUCCGCCAGAUGUCGUUACAUUCAGUAAAAAACUUCAGCUUGGUGGAUAUUUCCAUAAUGAUGACUUUGUGCCGAAAGAACCUUACAGGAUCUUCAACACAUGGAUGGGGGAUCCAGGCAAAGUAAUUAUUUUGGAAGAAAUAUUAAAGGUGAUUAAGGAGGAGAAAUUAAUGGGUAAUGUUGCAAGUGCCGGUAAAGUAUUGAAAGACGGUUUAUUAAGCUUGGAAAAAGAAUUUCCAAAUCUUCUCAACUCCACUCGUGGACGUGGUACAUAUUUGGCUGUUAACAGCGUUAAUGGCAAAGUACGCGAUUCGAUCGUGGCCAAUUUGAAGCUCAACGGAAUUCAAACUGGAGGUUGUGGAGAAAAUGCCAUUCGCUUCCGUCCAGCCUUAGUGUUUAAGGAACAUCAUGCCAAUAUUGUGCUGGAUCGCUUUAGGAAAGUAUUGAAAUCUUUGUAAAUUCAUAAAUGUAAAUAAAUGUGCUCUGAAUAAUAAAGAUAUGAAGCUCUAAA